ACGCCGGCCCCGCCCACUCCCGGCGCAGCGRCGAUGACGCGCGCGCCCGGCGCGCGGGGCCCGGCAUGAGGACUUUGUGGAGAUUGGGMUACUGUGCCAGACUACUGAAAACUAAUCAUUUUAGGACAGCUGCAUCAAAUACAUCAUUUCCAGCAGUUUGGAUGCUAUUGGCACAAUAUUCUGGCAGAAUACCUGGGCUYUUUGUAGUAGUUAGAAAAAAUACUUUCUUCACAAUGCCUGAAACAGUGGAGGAUAAAGCUAAUCCAGAACUGUAUUUGCCACAUCCUGGAGURCGUGGGAUGACACUGCUCAACAGAGAGGCUUUCAAAAGGACAGUGGUUGUUCCAGCUCUUAAAGUCAAGAAAGAAAUUGUGAAUAGUGUGCUGAAGUCCCUAAAACAAUCAGUACUGCAGCGUCCCGGCCUCAAGCGUGUGGUGGAGGAUCCAGAGGAUGAGGAGAAUAGAUUUGUUAUCCUGGAUCCUCAUAAAAUACCAGAAUUCUCAUUAGGAGAGUCAGAGCAACACAUCCUCAAACAGCUCAAUGUCCAUCCUGAGGUGUCCAAGUACAACCUGGAACUGACUUACGAGAAUUUCAAGUCGGAGGAGAUCCUGCGAGCUGUCCUUCCCGAAGGUCAAGAGGUCACCUCCGGAUUCAGCCGUGUUGGCCACAUAGCUCAUUUGAAUCUCAGGGAUCACCAGCUACCCUACAGACAUUUGAUUGGUCAGGUUAUAAUGGACAAGAAUCCAGGAAUCACCUGUGUGGUGAAUAAAACCAGUAUUAUUGACAGCACAUACAGGAAUUUUGAAAUGGAAGUGCUUGCCGGAGAGAACAACCUGGUAACCAAGGUCAAAGAAAAUAACAUUGCCUAUGAAUUGGACUUUUCCAAAGUCUACUGGAACCCACGCCUGUCCACAGAGCACGGCCGCAUAGUGGAGCUGCUAAAGCCCGGCGAUGUUCUGUUCGACGUCUUUGCUGGGAUCGGACCUUUCGCCAUUCCAGCAGCCAGGAGAAAGUGCCGUGUGUUUGCCAACGACCUCAACCCCGAGUCCUACACCUGGCUCCUGCACAACUGCAAGCUCAACAAAGUGGACACCAAGGUAAAAGCCUUCAACAUGGAUGGCAGGGACUUCCUGCGGGGGCCAGUGAGGGAAGAGCUCAGCAAAGAGCUCCCACUCCUGAAAGAGGAACAGAAAACCGCUUUCCACAUAGUGAUGAAUUUGCCAGCUUUGGCUGUGGAAUUUCUGGGUGCUUUCAGGCAUCUCUUGGUGGGGGAGCCCUGCAGCCCUGCUGCCCUUCCCACUGUGCACUGCUAUGGGUUCUCCAAACACACCAACCCAGCCAGAGACAUUCAGGAAAGAGCAGAAGCUUCGCUGGGAACUUCCUUGGCUGGACGCUGUUCCGCUUUCAUGGUCAGGAAUGUGGCGCCCAACAAGGAGAUGCUGUGCCUCAGUUUCCAGAUCCCAGCAGACGUGCUGUACAAGAGGCCCUGCCCUGAUGAAGCAAAACCAGCCUCAAAACGUCUGUGUACCAGUCAAGAUUCUUCUGAAGAGAAGUUACUGAGUUGAAGACCAGAGCCUUGGUGACUACCUUUGUUUAUGUAAAGGAUAUUUAGGGUGUCCCUUGAGUUACUGGGAGCAGGUCUGUGUUCCCAUCAAAUUGCAGCUUUCCUUUUCAUUGUGGGAUUGAUAAGAUUGAAAUUGUUGUUACUACAAAAAAAUUAAAAUCUUGCUCUUUUAUAAAUCAAUGUGUUUUGGUACUUCACUGCUCUCUGUUGUUCCACGCCCUGUACUAAUUCAGUGGCGUGGCCUGGGGUGAUUUUCUGCUGUGGCAUUUUGAUAAUGUGCAGUUUGUGGGGAGAACAGAUUUUUAUGUCUUGUCGGGUCUAGGAAGAUGACUUGUAUAACCCCUGCCUUGGAUUCUCCCUGACACAUGUUUUGGUUCCAGAAUAUCGGAUUAUGGUUAGCAGAUGCACAAACAACUCUUGUGUAAGCAAGGUAACCUUUCAAAAGCUUAACCUGAGAUACCAAAAGGGCCAAUAGCCCAAUAUCCUGAGGUUUUGAGUAAAAAAUUCUUUUUAACACCAUGAUUUAGUUAGGGAUCAGUUGACUGCUAACUUUGUGUUUGCCCAUGGUUAGAGCCACAAAGACUCUAAUGCCUUUUGCACAUUUGCAGACGAAGCUCACGCUUGCAUUGCAGGGCCAGGCUGAAACCAGCACCUGGAAAACAGUUCUGUCCUCAAACCGUGUCCUCCCGUGGCUUCUGUGCCUCCGCCCUCUCCCAGCUCUCCCCACCUCUGCGCCUGCUCCCCUGCU